CGAAAAAGAGAAAAUGGCAUAAUUCGGGGCCGCCCGAGCAAGCACGGAAGAAUCACCACGGUGGGGGUGGGGGUACGUUCAAGGCGCCGGCACCACCGGCGAAGAAGAACAAGGAUGCUCGGUGGCACGCAUCCUCCUCUCAAAAUACGGGGCCUCCUAAGUGUGCCAACUGUUCAAAGAACCACUUCGGGAAGUGCAACGCACCCCCGAGGUGUUAUCGGUGUGGGAACACGGGCCACAUGAAGGCCAAUUGCCCACAAUUGGGGGGAGGAGGAGCUCCGGGAUCCGGAGGAGGAACCAUGACGGGAAGAAACCGUGCGGGCCCGUCAAACGGCGGUACGGGAAGAGGCAACGCAUCCACAAGUCAUGCCGCGUCCGUAAACCAAGGCGGGACCCAAGCACGAGUCUACGUGAUGACCGAGGCGGAUGCGAGAGCAAACCCGGACUCCGUUGCAGGUUGAAGCUAGGGCUUGCUACUUGCACCUUCUCACGGGUGGUAUCAAAUCAGGAAGACGUGGUUCGUGCUUCCUUAUUUUCUUUCAAACUACCGAACACUUGCUCAUGGAUAUUUGUUCUACUAUAAACUAUUUUUGGGGCUUGCAUGCCCAUGUUGUUGGCCGGUUGUGGCCUAUGACUUACCGUUGAAUAUUUU